GGGCGGAGACGGCGACGCUGAGCCGCCCGGACGGACGGAGCCCACAGCGGCCAGGACAGGCAGCCCCCGCCGCGACCCCGAGCGGAGCCCCAAGCCAUGGCCCUGAGCGACUUGGCGCUGCUCCGCUGGCUGCUGGCGAGCCGUCACUCCCGGAGACUCAUCCUGUUCAUCGUCUUCCUCGCGCUGCUGCUGGACAACAUGCUGCUCACCGUGGUGGUUCCCAUUAUCCCAAGUUACUUGUACAGCAUUGAGCAUGAGAAAAACGUGACGGAAACCCAGACUGCCACGCCGGCGCUCACAGCCUCCACUUCAGGCAGCUUCCAGAGCAUCUUCUCCUAUUAUGAUAACUCCACCAUGGUCACCGGGAACAACACCAGAGACCUUCAGGGGCAGCCGCUGCCUAAGGCCACCACACGGCACAUGGUGACUGACACGUCCCGGGUCGCUCCCGACUGUCCCAGUGAAGACAAAGACCUCCUGAAUGAAAACGUGCAGGUUGGCCUGUUGUUUGCCUCCAAAGCCACUGUCCAGCUCCUCACCAACCCCUUCGUAGGGUUGUUGACCAACAGAAUUGGCUAUCCAAUUCCAAUGUUUGCGGGAUUCUGCAUCAUGUUUAUCUCAACGAUUAUGUUCGCCUUUUCCAGCAGUUACGCCUUCCUGCUGAUCGCCAGGUCGCUACAGGGCGUCGGGUCCUCCUGCUCCUCUGUAGCUGGGAUGGGCAUGCUCGCCAGUGUGUACACAGACGACGAAGAGAGAGGCAACGCCAUGGGGAUUGCUCUGGGAGGCCUGGCCAUGGGGGUCUUAGUGGGCCCCCCAUUUGGGAGUGUAUUCUACGAGUUUGUGGGGAAGACUGCUCCGUUCCUGGUGCUGGCUGCCCUGGUGCUCUUGGAUGGAGCUAUUCAGCUGUUUGUGCUCCAGCCAUCCCGGGUGCAGCCAGAGAGCCAGAAAGGGACCCCGUUAGCCACCCUGCUGAAGGACCCCUACAUCCUCAUUGCCGCAGGGUCCAUCUGCUUUGCAAACAUGGGGAUCGCCAUGCUGGAGCCCGCCUUACCCAUCUGGAUGAUGGAGACCAUGUGUUCCCCCAAGUGGCAGCUGGGCGUUGCUUUCUUGCCAGCCAGUAUCUCUUAUCUCAUUGGAACCAAUAUUUUUGGGAUCCUCGCACACAAAAUGGGGAGGUGGCUGUGUGCUCUUCUGGGAAUGAUAAUUGUUGGAGUCAGCAUUUUAUGUGUUCCUUUUGCAAAAAACAUUUAUGGACUCAUAGCUCCCAACUUCGGAGUUGGUUUUGCAAUUGGUAUGGUGGAUUCGUCAAUGAUGCCCAUCAUGGGCUACCUGGUCGACCUGCGGCACGUGUCCGUCUACGGGAGUGUGUACGCCAUUGCAGAUGUGGCAUUUUGUAUGGGAUAUGCUAUAGGUCCUUCCGCUGGUGGAGCUAUUGCAAAGGCAAUUGGAUUUCCGUGGCUCAUGACAAUUAUUGGAAUAAUUGAUAUUCUUUUUGCUCCUCUCUGCUUUUUUCUUCGAAGUCCACCUGCCAAGGAAGAAAAAAUGGCUAUUCUCAUGGAUCACAACUGCCCUAUUAAAACAAAAAUGUACACUCAGAAUAAUGUCAAGUCGUAUCCGUUAGGUGAUGAAGAAUCUGAAAGUGACUGAGACCCUCAAAAGUCAUCCAAGUAUUUAAUUGUAUAAAAGUGUUUCCAGUGAAAUGACUCAUCCAGAACUGUCUUAGUCAUUACCAUUCAUCCCUGAUGAAAGAGUAAAACAACCAAAGGUUAUUAUUUCUUUUCCGUGGUUAUGGUCGAUUGCCAACAGCCUUAUAAAAAGAAAAAGCAGCUUUUCUAGGCGUUUGUAUAAAGUGUUGAAAACUUUAUUUUAUGUAUUUGAUUUUAUUAAAUAUACAAUAUAUUUUGACGAAACAGAUAUAGUGUAAAUCUAUAUUUGAAUCCAAAUCAAAUAAUUUUUUAACUUACAUUCACAAACACUUGGGCAAAAAAAUCUUAUAUUUUUUCUGAGUAUUGGUAAUGAGUGUUUAAAACUAAAGCACACAUUAUCUCUGAGACACUUCUAACCGUAAGUAACUAGAAGGAAGUCUGAAAAACAGUAUCAAGUGACAGCAUGUGUUAUGUAGUGACACUGAGCAUUGAGUUAUUCAGCUUGUAAUUGUUAUCAGUAUAUUUGAGUUAAAAGCUAGCUAUCUCAAAUGCAGAGGACAAGAACUUGAGUCAGUUCUCUUUUGGAUUUAUCCAUAACUCUUAGCUGGCAUUAAUUAUCUGUAUGUUAUCAUCUACCUGGAAACAGAUGGUUGUAAAUUAUUUACAUGUCGUGUGGUUGGCAGCAAACAUUAAAGCCAGUAAGGGGAAAAUAGUAAUAUGUUCUGAAAGCCAAGAAAAACAUCCAAAUGUAUAGUUAUGAACAAGUAGAAGUUUUCCCUUUAAGAUGUAUACUUGAUUUCUUACUGGAUGAAAGAAAAUUGAGGAGAGAUGUACCUUAUACUAUCAAGGUUGUUUAAGUACAGUAGGGUGUAUCAAUAUCUAGUUCAAGUUUUAGAAAUUCAGAAGGCUACUAACUGGUAUGACAUGAAAAAAAAUCAGGCUAUAAUAUCCUUGACCUGUUUGGAGGUCAUCCAAGUGUUUUCUAGGGAUUAAUUUUGAGUUGUCUGAAAACUAUUAUUUUCUAGACUUCUGAAAGUUGUUCACAUCAGUGUGACAAAUUUUAAAUGAAGAUAAAGAAGGAAUGAAAUUCUCUUGCAUCACAUUAGGAAAACAGGUAAAAAUAAUAGGGUGGUCAGGACACACCCCCUUUCACAGGCAAAAAAACCCAAACAUCCAAAAACAUCUGUUUUACUGUAUCAUCUAGUGCUGUGUAGUCAUUUUUCUAAGCAUGACGUUGAUGUGCCUUUUCAGUGUAACAGCAAAUAGUUAGUGAACAUUGUCAGUUUCCAUCAGGUUUUGUGUAAGAUGUGACUCGAGUGUGAAGAUAGUGCGAAAUGUCUCAAAUAAUACCUGUUAAUUCUGUAGUCCUGUAAUUGUAAACAAAAAUGACCUAAUGUCAGUUAAGUUAAAAUUGUGUUUCUGUUAACUUGGACAACAAAAAAGCAAAUUUCAAAAAAGCAAAGAACUUGAGAAUGAGGGUUCUUCAACCAUUUAUUUAAAUUCUCUAGGAAAGUUAGCUAAUACUUCAUUUCCGUUUGUGCUUUAUGAAGCUUUUCUGUGGGGCUUUGAAUGACGUGAGGUCUGGUGGUCAAGGGCAGUGUGUUGGAGUGCGCUGCCUACUCACGGAUCUGCAUUAGGCAACUUACCCAAGUCCGCUGCCACAGGGGGAGGGCUGUGGAGGUGCUCUCUGCUUCCACAGGGGAGAGCUUAGAAAAGAAUGUGCUACAAAUCUACUCUUACACGGUCUGCGGUUCCUCCUGCCCUAAUCCCAUACAAUUUAUCCCUAUUUUAUUUUUGCCUUUAAUGAUUCAGUCUUUUCAAGAACGACUGGCAAAGGCAUGCCUGCUACUGAUCCCUAGAGAUAACCAAAGAUAUGUUGAGUGUUUCAGACUGUUUUGGGAGCAAAAGGCAUCAGUCGUAUCUGAGCGGGGGGGAAAAAUGUAAGGUCUUUUAUAUGACUAAAUAUUCUGGGGUUAGCAAGACUGAAAAGAGAGAGUUUUUAUUUUUAAUGUGUGUCAGAACACAGGACAUACAUCGCUCUGAACAGUUCCUUUUUGAGCAGGGGUGGUUUUUAUGUUUAUACCUGGCAUACAGAUACAGAAACCUUAAUGAGGUAGCAAUGAGUAUUCACUUCUUUCUUUGGACUGCUAAGUGUAUGUGUACAUCGUUUUAGCUAGUUUACUUAAUAAACCUUCUGAACAUUACUGCGCCUGUUUGUAUUCCUUUAUAAAUCAGACAUUAUCAUUGGAAUCAAAUACAUAAGAAGGUAUUGUUUUGAUUGUGGAUAUUUAAUUAAAAACUGUUCUCUGCUUGCAGGCCUCAGGUAAAAUCUACUCCAGGUUAGUUUAAACCAUACAUUUUGGCUUUGAAACGUAUUUUAAAUUGAAAUAUGUAACUAGUCACAUGUUGUCAAUGUGGAAAAACUCAGUAAGUUAUUCUUGCAUCUCUAAAGCUGUAUUAUUUUCCUGAUUGCUGUGAGCAAACAUAUCUGAUGCAAAUGACUAUGCAGCCAUUUGACGCAGUGGGCCCCUGUGCCCCUGGAAGCCCGUAAACCUUAGGGUGUAUGUGUGUGCACCUUUUAGGGGUGAGAGGCCAGAGUUUACUCAGAUCUUAAAGGGGAUCCAUGGCUUUAAAAGGAUUUGGGCAACCUCCCCGCCCCCUUUUUAAAAAGCUCCUCUCUCAAUUCAGAAAAAAAGACAAUACAUUUUUAAAUUAACGUGAUUUUAUGUACUUUUAGGGGGUCUUAAGAUUUUAUCAUCUUAAUAUUAGUAAGAGCCAAAUAUUUUCAAACUGUCUUUCAAAAAUUUCAGAUAUACUUAAAUUUGGAACUUGAUAGUAGUACCCUCAAAAUUUUACCUUGUGUUUUCUUUUUUCAAAAUCACAAAUGGCCACAUAGUAUUCAACUAGUCCUGAUAUUGAAGAAUAUAAGGCUUGACAUAAAAAAUGUAGCAUAUUAAUUCUGAUUCCAGAAACUGCUAAAAUGUUGCUCAGCUUGGCUGUCUAACCCGACCAUCAAAUACCAAUGUAACAAUAUACUUUAAAUAGUCUAUUUAGUAAUCACAGCAGCAAAUCCAUAGAGCUGGUAUUUCAAAGCUUACACAACAGUAAAAUCAAAAUUUAAUGCUUUUAGACAAUUUUCAAAAUAGCAAUUUUGUUUACCAAAAAUGGACUUUGUUAACUGCAUGGCCAAUUAUACCAGGCAAUAAUCCCACAGAUACGUAGCCGUCACCUUUUUCAGAUGUUAUCAAAUGAAGAUAUUCUGGUUUUCUGUGGUAGUUUUUAUUUAUUAUUUUUUAGCUAUUGAUAACAUAGCAUGGCAGCAAGAUUACAUCAGUAAUGUAAUAGAAUACAACCAUUGUCAUUGAAGCCUUAGACCUUACCAUUCCCCCUAGGCUAUUUGGACUGCUCCCCCUGCACUAAAGUACAACUGCGAUGCCUCUACUGCUUCUCCCAAUAUAUAUAAAAAUAUUGCACUACAUUAAAGGUACAUUUUACAAAUAUAAUUAGCAGCAUUACUGAGCUUUCCAUAACUGUGGUUCUACAGAGUUAAAUACUUUUAAAACAUGAGUAGGUUUUUAUGAAACCAAAGUUUUGCGUUAUUUCUACAGCUCUUUCAAAUGCAUGUUUCAGCGGCAUGCCUGGAUGUCUGUGGUCCACAACCACCAGCCACUUACAGACACCCCACCUUCCAGGUUAUCAAUGGUAAGUUACUUUUUAUAAUAAGAUGAAAGUUGGUUAUUACAUUGGGCCUAUUGUUCCAAGCAUACGUUACAGAACAUUUUAGCGUUCAGAGAAUUUUGUGUAUAAAGGUUUCUAUAGCAGUGUUCUUCUAAAACGCAAGCAUGCUUAAAUAAACAAAAAAGGGGGGGUAUACACAGAUAUAUUUUUGUUAUAAACUUGGCCAUGAAAGUAUUUAGUUUCCUAAUAUUUACUUAAUAAAAUACCAAAAAUGAGAAUUGGCUAUUGGUUUUAAAAGUGGAAUAGCUUUUCUACCCUCGAAAAUGUUCUCAUCACCCAUGUAUGUCAGAUCUUUUAUUUGAAUAGCUUUUUACUAUUCAGACACUUUUGCGGUUAUGCUGUAGUUUCCCUCACAAUGAUCCUGUGAGGUACAGAGUAAACCUUGCUUAUUCCUACUUGAGAGCCGGGGAUUCUGAGGCACAGAGCCCUUUUGUGUCUGCCUGUGGUUAUACAGUUCUUUCAGGGCCAGUGAAAAAGCUUGAACUUAAAACUCUUGUAUGACAUCCAGGGCUACAGACGUGGGCCUGAACCCUUACUAUCGUUCAUACUCUGCCUUUUCCUAUCAGCCACACAAAGUGUCCUAUCCAGUUUUAAAUUCAUGUCCCUUUCACUAUACAUCAAUUAUAGUAGUUACCUACAAAAGGAAAAAACAUAUACAUAUCUAUGUGACAGGCAUAUGAAAGGCCCAAACCUUUAUGGUAUACCAACAGAGGUCAUGCUCCCACGGUUUCCCACAGUCACGAGUUACUGGGGGCCACACAACGGACCAAGUAUCAGAGUAGAUCUCCAGGUUCAGAGAACUGGUCCCAAUUCCUACGUACCUACACUGUCUUUUUAUUAUUUGAUUUUCGUUUGUUUUUAAUGAAUUAAGAGUCUGAACUACAGAAGCAUCCAGAGUGAUCACCAUUCCUUUAAGCCUGUGGGAUGUCAGACAAAGCAAUUCAACUACUUUGCAUGAUUCCUCUCCUUCAUGAACAUGUUUCUAAAACAAAACAGCCCAAACCAGUUACCAACAUGGUCAUUUUAAGAACAGUCCUCUGAAACUUGAAAUAUCCGUGUACAUGCUUUAUUUCCCAUGGGAGAACUGAAGCC